AGAAACGAGAAUCCGGUCCACCCAUUUCAGCGUUUCAGGUCAUAAAAUGGCUUCAAACUCAAAGCGUCGUAAAAUGGCUUCAUACUCAAACCGUCUCAAAUUAUGCUCAGACAAUGAGGAUAGGAUCAGUGGGAUGCCAGAUGCAGUUCUUUGCCACAUUCUUUCCUUCCUUUCAACCAGAGAGGCUGUAAAGACCAGUGUUUUAUCUCAUAGAUGGAACAAUGUGUGGGCUUCUGUUCCCAUUGUAGAUGUGGAUGAAGAACAAUAUCAGCUAGACUAUCUAUAUCGUAUCUAUCUAUAUCGUAUGUUUGGCUAUGUAGGUCGUAACUUCUCAAAAGACUUAAUACCAGAAUAUGACCCGGAUUGGUUUUCACAGUUUGUGAAUCGAGUGCUUUUGCUUCGUUGCUCGGGAGACAUUCAUAGAUUCCGCCUUGUAGCUAAAAAGACGCAUGACAUUUCUCAUAUUUAUGCUUGGAUUGCCACUGCCAUUAGGCGUAAUGUUGUGGAGCUUGAUCUUAGUGUCGGCACACCUUCAGAGCCACAUUUUGAGAUCCCCAAAAGCAUUUUCAUGUGCAGCACAUUGGUCCGUUUCAAGUUGUGGCUACGUGGAGAUAUUAAGGUCAUGACUCCUACUAGUUCAAAUUGUUUCCCGAGCCUCAAGUUCCUUCAUGUUACAGUACGAUUUCCUGAUUCUGACUCAAUGGAGAAGCUCUUUUCUCGAUGUUUACCUGUGCUUGAAGAGCUGAUUAUAGAUGGAAAGCUUCAAUACGCAACAGCUUUCAAUCUUGACAUAUCUGCACCCAAACUGAAGAGACUACAAAUUCAGCUAAAGGUCCGUAAGUUUGUUAUGGAUUUUGCUGCUAAUGACUUUGUAUGCCAAAUUUUCGUUAAUGUUGAUGCUCCAAAUCUUGAAGAGGUAGAUAUCUGCUUUGAUGCUCUGGUGAGCUUUUCUUUGAAGAACGCCAAAUGUCUACACAAAGCGAAUAUAGAAUUCUUUUAUGUGCAAGAGCUUAAGGACCAUGAUUGUUUCCCUGGCCUAGCGGAUCGCAUACGCCAGAUUUUAGCAGGAAUCUGUGAUGCUAAGUACCUGACAGUUAGAGCUCCACUUUUGGCGGCCCUUGGCAAUGGACAUCAACAUCUUCUGCCUACAUUUAAUAACUUGAACUACUUGGAGCUAGAGCUUCAUACUUGUCAAUGUUUGCAAUCACUGGCAACUGUGCUCAUGAUAUCACCACAUUUGGAACAUCUCAAGAUAUCACAAAAAUGGGAACUGUAUUCCGGUGAGAACAACUAUUGUGGUGAUGACAAUGAGGAUGAGCUUGAACAAGGAUGGAAUGCACCAGAGACCGUGCCUGUUUGUUUGAUUUUACACCUCAAGACUAUUUGCCUAUGGGAUUUUCAGGGGUGUCCAGAUGACAUGGAAGUGGCAAAGUACUUGGUGAAGCAUGGCAAGGCUUUGAAUAAUGUGACUAUUCAUACUCCCUUCAGUGAAAACAAAGAGAUGAAGUCACAGUCUCUCGCUGCCUUAUGGUCGAAAUUUUCAAAGUUUCCAAGGGGUUCCAAGACAUGUAAGAUUGAAUUUCGGAUAAUCAUUUGACCAGAUGAAACUCUGCACAUUUGCAGAUGAAACUCUUGAGAAUUCUGUCUUCUUGAUGAUCAAUUUUAACUCCCAAGAUCCGGAGGGGUUCAACAGUUCAAGCCAUCAUUUUGACUUGUAUAUUUCUUUCGGAACAGAACAUGAGUUUGUUAAUGUCAACCUCGGUUUUUAUUAUCUUCUGUUUUCUUU